AUGAGUGGCGGCGGUUGCUCAAGUUGCAGCUGCAACGGAACCGAGCGCUAUGGUUCCAUCGACCCGAAACUCAAGUUUGUCAUUGUUGCCGGCGGGGUAAUCAGCGGCAUCGGAAAAGGGCUCACCUCGUCUUCGAUAGGUGUCCUGCUGAAAGCGUGCGGUUGGCGUGUAUCUGCGAUCAAAAUCGAUCCGUAUAUUAACGUGGACGCGGGCACCAUGUCGCCGUUCGAACACGGAGAGACCUUUGUGCUUGAUGACGGCAGUGAGACUGACUUGGAUCUUGGAAACUACGAGCGUUUCUUGUCUGUGAACCUCACUCGGCGGCAUAACAUUACCACAGGAAAAGUGUACUCCGAAGUUAUUCAGCGCGAACGACGAGGCGAUUACCUCGGACGCACUGUUCAAGUGGUUCCCCAUUUAACAGACUUGAUACAGGAUCAGAUAAUGGCGGCAGCGAUGGAGAGAGUUGACGAUUCGGGGCUUCCACCCGAAGUCGUGAUUAUUGAACUCGGGGGAACAGUCGGCGAUAUCGAAAGCGCCCCCUUCGUGGAAGCGUUGCGACAGCUUCGCUAUAGACACGGCCAAGAGAAUGUAUGUAUUGCUUUUGUCUCACUAGUGCCGUGUCUUGGCGUUGUUGGCGAGCAAAAGACGAAACCCACGCAGGCAGGGUGCUCGACGAUUGCGUCCCUGGGGUUACCUCCGCAGCUCAUCUUUUGUCGCAGCGAUCGACCAUUGCUCCCGGAGACGCGUGCGAAGAUUGCACUUUUUGCACAGGUUCCUGUAGAAGCCGUUGUCUCCCUGCAUGACGUUAGCAAUACCUUUCGAAUACCGCUGAUGAUGCAGGAGCAGGGUGUCACGAAUGCGCUGAUCUCGGCGCUGCGUCUCAGCUGGCGGCUGCCGGUCCUCUUAGAGCGCUGGGGACGUAUGGCGGCUGCUUUCGAUAGCUAUCAGGGCGAGUGCAGGAUCGCCAUUGUGGGCAAAUACACGGGUCUCGCGGACACUUAUCUGAGCGUUAUCAAAGCGCUUGAACAUGCAGGCAUGGCUCUCCAUCGCAAGGUUCACAUUCACUGGAUCGCAGCUGAGAGCCUGGAGAACUUUGUGGAUGCAUCGGGUGAUUCGAGACUGCUGCCAAACGGCUCGCCGACGCAGCGCCAUAUGGCGUAUCAGAAUGCAUGGCGCGAACUGAGCGCCGCUGAUGGAAUCUUGGUUCCGGGCGGUUUCGGUUGUCGUGGCAUUGAAGGCAUGCUGGCAGCGAUUCGGUAUGCGCGGGAGCAUCGAGUCCCGUACCUUGGCAUUUGCCUUGGCAUGCAGCUGGCUGCGGUGGAGUUGGCGCGAUCGCGCCUCGCUGAUGGCGCGAAGGCUAACAGCACCGAAUUUGAUGAGCAUGCCGAUCCUGCCAUCGUCGUAUUCAUGCCCGAAGUAGACAAGACUAGAAUGGGCGGUACAAUGCGACUCGGUGCCCGUAAGACAAUCUUUCAACCCGAUGGAACCAACUCCAUUGCAUCGUUACUCUACGGCCGAAAACCGUUCAUCAUGGAACGGCACCGCCAUCGAUACGAGGUGAACCCCAAAUACGUGGAUCGCCUGGAGAAAGAAUGUGGACUUCGAUUCGUUGCUCGCGAUGAAACAGGACAGCGAAUGGAGAUCGCAGAGCUGAAUCGCGCGGAGCAUCCCUUCUUUUUGGGAUCGCAGUUCCAUCCGGAGCUUAAAUCCCGACCGGGAGCACCAUCACCGCCGUUUGUGGGAUUUGUUGCGGCUGCUGCGGGUCUUCCGCUUGACGAACUCGCGAUCGAGGAGAUGAUGCUACGUGUACAGAGUCAGGAUCCCUGGCAGCCGCAUUCCGAGGAGUCUCGUGGUUUGGACUCUAGUUUCUGUCUUUGA